AGCCAUCAGCAAUCCUUAGCAUAGGGGCACACUCAUGCAUUCUUGUCAAGUCAUCUUGUGAAAGGCUGCCUGCUUCCAGCUUGGCUUGGAUGUGCAACCUUAAUAAAACUCACUGAGGUCUGGGAGAAAAUAGCAGAUCUGCAGCAGAUAGGGUAGAGGAAAGGGUCUAGAAUAUGUACACGCAGCUGACUCAGGCAGGCUCCACGCUGAACGGUUACACCGAGAGGAAACAAUAAAUCUCAGCUACUAUGCAAUAAAUAUCUCAAGUUUUUAACUAAGGAAACUAUCAUUACGGUGAAAUUAAAAAAAAAAAAUACCAUUUUAGAACAAAGCUAAAAAUGGCUAGUUUUCUUUGAUUCUUCUACAAAACUUUCUUUGAAAGGGAAAAGUCAAACAAACAAGCAGUUUUACCUGAAAUAAAGAACUAGUUUAAAGGUCAGAAGAAAGCAGCGAGUUUUGCGAGAGGCACGGAAAGAGAGUGCGGGCAGUACAAUGACAGUUUUCCUUUCCUUUGCUUUCCUCGCUGCUAUUCUGACUCACAUAGGGUGCAGCAACCAGCGCCGAAGUCCAGAAAACGGUGGGAGAAGAUAUAACCGGAUUCAACAUGGGCAAUGUGCCUACACUUUCAUUCUUCCAGAACACGACGGUAACUGUCGUGAGAGUACGACAGACCAGUACAACACAAACGCCCUGCAGAGAGAUGCUCCACACGUGGAACAGGAUUUCUCUUCCCAGAAACUUCAACAUCUGGAGCAUGUGAUGGAAAAUUAUACUCAGUGGCUGCAAAAAAUUGAGAAUUACAUUGUGGAAAAUAUGAAGUCGGAGAUGGCUCAGAUACAGCAGAAUGCAGUUCAGAACCACACGGCCACCAUGCUCGAGAUAGGGACCAGCCUCCUCUCUCAGACCGCAGAGCAGACCAGAAAGCUGACAGAUGUUGAGACCCAGGUGCUAAAUCAAACUUCUCGACUUGAAAUACAGCUGCUGGAGAAUUCAUUAUCAACAUACAAGCUAGAGAAACAACUUCUUCAACAGACAAAUGAAAUCUUAAAGAUUCAUGAGAAAAACAGUUUAUUAGAACACAAAAUCUUUGAAAUGGAGGGAAAGCACAAGGAAGAAUUGGACACCUUAAAGGAAGAGAAAGAGAAUCUUCAAGGCUUGGUUACUCGUCAAACAUAUAUAAUCCAGGAACUGGAGAAACAAUUGAACAGAGCCACCACCAAUAACAGUGUCCUUCAGAAGCAGCAGCUGGAGCUGAUGGACACAGUGCAUAACCUUGUCAACCUCUGCACUAAAGAAGUUUUACUAAAGGGAGGAAAAAAAGAGGAAGAAAAGCCAUUUAGAGACUGUGCAGAUGUAUAUCAAGCUGGUUUUAAUAAAAGUGGAAUCUACACUAUUUAUAUUAAUAAUAUGCCAGAGCCCAAAAAGGUAUUUUGCAAUAUGGAUCUCAAUGGGGGAGGUUGGACUGUAAUACAGCAUCGUGAAGAUGGAAGUCUAGAUUUCCAAAGAGGUUGGAAAGAAUAUAAAAUGGGUUUUGGAAAUCCCUCUGGUGAAUAUUGGUUGGGGAAUGAGUUUAUUUUUGCCAUAACCAGUCAGAGGCAGUACACUCUAAGAAUUGAGUUAUUGGACUGGGAAGGAAACCGAGCCUAUUCACAAUACGACAGAUUCCACAUAGGAAAUGAGAAGCAGAACUACAGGUUGUAUUUGAAGGGUCACACUGGGACAGCAGGAAAACAGAGCAGCCUGAUCUUGCACGGUGCUGAUUUCAGCACUAAAGAUGCUGAUAAUGACAACUGCAUGUGCAAAUGUGCCCUCAUGCUAACAGGAGGCUGGUGGUUUGAUGCCUGUGGCCCAUCCAAUCUAAAUGGAAUGUUUUAUACAGCGGGACAGAACCAUGGAAAACUGAAUGGAAUAAAAUGGCAUUAUUUCAAAGGGCCCAGUUACUCCUUACGUUCCACGACUAUGAUGAUUCGACCUUUGGACUUUUGAAGGCAUAAUGUCAGUCAAGAGCAAUUUUAAAAGCCACCAAAAUAUCUGGAGAAGCCACCAGAUGAGAAACUGCUUGAAAACUUCUGAAGCAAACAAUAUGGUCUCCCUUCUAGCAACAAGUAGCAGUUAUGUGAAGUCACCAAGGUCCUUGACUAUGAAUUUAGAACCUUUUGAGUUCACAAAGUCUCUACUUGGGAUGAUUGUGUUCAUAUGGCUUGACUAUAGACUGCCAUUCACUGUCAUGCUUUUAAAAGGGAAGAAACUGUUAAGCUCACUGUGCUUCAAACUACUACUGGAUCUUAUUUUGAAACUAUGGUAGCCAGAUGAUAAAUAUGGUUUAUUUCAUGUAAAACCAAAAAAAGAAAAAGAAAAAAGAGAGAGAGAGAAGAAGAAGAAGAAAAUGAACAACAACAAAAAGCGUAUACAUGAAGUAUAAAAACUGGCUUGCCAUAAUCCUUUGGAAAAGAUAUAUUACACCAGUGAAAUGGUGUUAUUUCUAUGCAAACCUAAUAAGUUUGUACUGUUGCACAAUUUUAAUGAAAGUUCAGGAAGAACAGCCUUGCCCUCUGAGUUAGUGAAAUGGAUUUCAGAAGUCUAAUUCCUAAAUCAUACUUGCUAGUUGAUUUCAGUUAACCCAUCUUCAAAUGUAAAUUCCAUUUUGGUAAACUAUAAAGAAUUGUAGUGCAUGAAGAAUAGCAGUGUGAAGUAGAAACACACUCUGUUAUUCUUUGAUUGUUUGAUACAGUUUUCAGAAAAAAUGGACAUAAUCAACUAUUGGACAUAUGAGAUGAAAAUUUAUCCUUCCCCCAUGCUACAGUUUUUGUUCAUUUUAAAAACUGACUGAUAUAUAAAUAUAUUUAUAGCCUGAGUAAAGUUUAAAGAAUGUGAAAUAUAUCAUCAAGCCCUUAAAAUAAUAUACAUGCAUUUAAUAUUUCCUUUGAUAUUAUACAUGAAAGCAGUAUUUUAGAGUGUAAUAAGUUGAAAUAAAACCAAGUAAACUGGAACAGGUCAUUUUACAGUAUCUUCUUGCAUGUGUCCACUUAAGUGUAACUUUAUUAUUUUUAAAAUAAUUAUCUUCAAUUCUUCACCCUGUUAUUUCAUGCUAAUUUAAUUUUUACUAAUUAACUGAAACUUGCUUUCCAGAUUCACUCUGUUCCAGUUUCUAUAAAAGAUACACUUUGAAGUCUAUGAAAAAUGAAAGAAGAAUUAUAAAUAUCAUUGUACAUAGCAUGUUUAUAUCUACGGUAAACCUAAUAGCUGUUUAAUCUGGAAUAUGCAACAUUGCCCUCAAUUGAUGCAAAUAAGCACAUUUAAAAAAAAACUACUAUACCACUUUAUGAAAUAUACUAUUUCUUCAUAAUUUUCUACCUUGGGCUCUGUUUUCAUAGGCAAUUUCUGAUUUUAAGACAUUACCAUUACAGGAAAAAUAUUGGCAAACUUUGUAUUAUAUGUUAAAGAAAACACAUGAACAAAAGAGAAACUUAAUCAUAGUCACUUGACUAAGAAAAUUCUAAUUACUAGUUACUAUAAAUCACAAUGAAAAUAUUUCUAUGGCUUAACUGAUUUUAAGUCAGUUUUGGACACAGAUAUUUGUGGCAAUUUGAAGUUACUGCAAUAUUUUGUCAAGAAGUGCUUUCUGCCUCUAAGUGCUCAAGAUUACAAGUGUGAACAGUUUUUAUCAAAACAUAAGGUAUACUCUGAUAUAAGAAAAUUGAAAUCCACUUUGAGUUUCCUUUCUUAAAAAAAGAAAAAGUUUUUAUCGGGCACUGAGACCAGUUUUAGGCGUAGUGACUUGAUCCCUUGUGCCUUUGUGGGUUUCCUCCAUUUUAGAGAAUAAAGCUACUCACAUUUUUCAGAAAUUACUUUUUCAAAGUUUACCAUCAAAUGUUUAUACUUUAACGUGUGUAUUCAAACCUGUUCUGCCUUAAAAUUGUUUGCAGGUAUUCCACAGUUUUUCUAUUCUUGUCGACUCUUUCAUAACACUGGUUAGCUGCUUCCUCUGAAAACCUCCUUGAUGUUUUCAUUUAAGUGAAUGAAAGUGAGUGUUUUGUUUUUUGUGUUCCUAAAGAUUUUUUACUUACCAUUCUUUUGAAAAGUAAUACUAUUUUCCAACUUAUAAUACAAAAAAUAAAAGGAAAUAAUGGGGAAAAGCAUGAUAUUUACUGUUUUGUUAUCCGGGUUUAAAAAAUGAAAUAUUUCCAAUUAUUUAUAAUAAAGCAGUAUAAAAUGUUUUAUGACUCCAUUAUGUGCACUGUUGCCAUUUAACAUGUAUAUCCUUUGCAUUUAAUUAUUCAGGAUAAGACAAUUAGGUAAUAGGAUUUUGUCUUUCAAUUUUUAUAUGAAUUAAACUCAUGUAGUUUCUAUGCCAAUUUCUGCACAUCAAUGGCAGCUUUAUUUGAUUUAAAUAAAAUUGAAAGUAACA